GGAAAAAAAAAAGCCCCAACAACAACUUCAAAGCGCCGGAGCGGAGGCUCUCCCUCGCCAGCCACUCGACGCAGCUCUUCCCAGCUGGAGAUUUAAGCCUAAAACCGUGAAGAAAAGCUGCACAUAUAAGAAGACGUCAUGCUUUCUGCAACCCCCCUGUAUGGCAAUGUUCAUAGCUGGAUGAACAAUGAAAGGGUCCGAAUGUGUGGAAUUAACGAAGAGAGGAAAAUUCCAGUAAGUGAUGGUGAAGCUCCGAAAGCCAGACUGGAACUGAGGGAAGAAAACCCCUUAAACCACACCGUGGUGGAUGCAGCUACAGCACAGCGCAUUGACAGUCUUGCAGCUCUGACUAUGGACAGGACUGGACUUAUACGAGAAGGACUCAGAGUCCCCAGUAACAUUGUCUAUUCCAGUUUGUGUGGACUUGGCUCAGAGAAAGGACGGGAUACUGCCACGAGUGCUAUAGCUAGUCUUGGAUUUACCCCUGAAAGAAAUCCCGAGAUUCAAUUCAAACCUAAUCCUUCAGAGACAGUAGAAACAUCAGCUGUCCCUGGAAAACCCCCAAAUGGUUUUAAUACUAUAUACAAAACACCACCAGGAAUACAAAAAAGUUCAGUUCCUACUGGGGAAACCUUAGGGCUGGACAGAACUGCAAAUGACAAACAGAGUCCCCUUAACAUCAAUGGUGCUAGUUAUCUGAGGCUCCCCUGGGGGAGUCCUUAUGUGGAGGGUGGCGGUACACCAGCCAUGUAUCCUUUCCUUGAGUCACCAAAUAAGUAUUCGUUAAAUAUGUACAAGGCAUUGCUACCUCAGCAGUCCUACAGCCUGCCCCCACAUUUGGCCUAUUCGCCGGUCUGCACCAAUGGUGAGCGUUUUUUAUAUCUGCCACCACCUCACUACGUCAGUCCCCACAUUCCUUCAUCCUUAGCUUCACCAAUGAGGAUUUCUACCGCUUCAGCCUCCCCCGCCAUCCCCCCUCUCGUUCACUGCCCAGACAAAAGCUUACCUUGGAAGAUGGGAGUCAGUCCUGGGAAUCCUGUUGAUUCACAUGCCUUUCCACAUAUUCAGAACAACAAGCAGCCUAGGGUCCCUUCUACCAAGACAGCUACUAGCAAUCUGCCAGGGGACCCUGCCCUCUUGUUGCCCCCUUCGCCCCGACCACCCCGAGUCCACCUUCCCACACAGCCUGCAGACACCUACUCUGAAUUCCAUAAGCAUUAUGCCAGGAUCUCCAAUUCUCCUUCUUCAGUGACCCUGUCAAAGCCAUAUAUGAAUGUAAGCAAUGAGUUCCCCACAGCUAGACUCUCCAAUGGGAAAUUUUCCAAGACCCAUGAAGUGGGUGAAAGUGCACAGCCAGCCCCCGGGCACUCCAGGAAAACGACAGCUCAUGAGAGAAAGGAUGGUAGAUCACCACCUCUCCUAGAAAAGCAGACAGCUACCAAAGAUGUCACAGAUAAGCCACUAGACUUGUCAUCGAAAGUUGUGGAUGCAGAGACUUCUAAAUCUGACCAUAUCAAAAAAAUGGCUCCCACCACAGUCCUUGUUCAGGGCAGGGCUGGAAGCGGGAUAGUAUUAUCUGGAAGUGACGUUCCAAAAGAAACCGUUUCUCCUUCAGGAAAUAGCUGUACCAUAUAUAGACCUGAAAUCAUUAGUACAGCUCCCUCAUCCUGGGUCGUUCCUGGUCCAAGUCCCAAUGAAGACAACAGCAGCAAAAACAUGCAGUUGAAAAACAAAGCUUUAGACUGGGUUCUACCACAACAGAGGAGUUCUUCUUGUCCUAGAAUGGGAGCCACAGAUACCAUAGUCAAUAAUAUUUCAGGGUCUUUGUCAAAUGCAGGUCGCCCAGCAUCCGCGUCGCCUGCUCCAAAUGCCAAUACAGACUGUGUGAAGACAAACAGAAAUGCCCUAGAUACAACACCAUCAGUCAUACAGCAUGUGGGUCAGCCUCCUAUCACAACAGCAACCUCUGCCAAGCAUAACAACAGCAACAACAAGGUGACUAAACCCAGUAAUCCAGAACCGAGUUUUAAAGCAAACGAGAAUGGCAUCCCACCUGGUUCAAUAUUUUUGUCUCCAAAUGAGACCUUCCGGUCCCCACCGAUUCCUUACCCUCGAAGUUACCUCCCCUAUUCGGCUCCUGAAGGCAUUGCUAUAAGUCCUCUUUCCCUACAUGGAAAGGGACCUGUUUAUCCUCAUCCAGUAUUGUUACCCAAUGGCAGCCUCUUUCCAGGCCACCUUGCCCCCAAACCAGGAAUUCCUUACACCCUGCCUACAGGUAGGCCUGAAUUUGUGACCUACCAAGAUGCACUGAGCUUGGGCAUGGUACAUCCCAUGUUGUUACCCCACACACCUUUAGAAAUCACUAAAGAGGAAAAACCAGAGAGGAGAUCCCGCUCUCAUGAAAGACCACGCUAUGAGGAUCCAGCUCUGAGGAGUAGAUUUCCAGAAGUGUUGGAAGCUAGCAGCGCUAAGUUACAUGCUGAGGCGCCUCCUGAUAAGAACCCGAAAUUGCACUCCAGCUGGAAUCACAAUAAAGCUGUUGUCAAAACCGAUAAGCUGGUCUACAUAGAUCUACUUCGAGAGGAGCAGGAUACUAAGAAUGAAACAAAUUUAACCAAACCUGGCUUUGCAACUGAGAACAGCAAUCAGACCGAUGACCCUACCAAACCCACAGCUGAGCAGGUGCUGCAGCAGCACAGAGAGUUUAUUGCAAGGAGAGAGGAGUACGGUCGGAGCAAUGAUUUCCACGAAGCAUAUAAUUUUAAGCAGGCUUCAAACACACCAGUGUUCAGCUUGAGGAAAGAUAACAUUUCAGUUAGCCCUAACAAAGAGAACCUAGUUCAGCCUUCUGCUCCAUUCUUGGAGGCAGCUCAUGGAAAUGAUGGUACAACUGUAACUUUUGGUAAAGCCCAAGAUGAUACCAAACCAUUUUGUGUGGGAAAUGCCCCAAGUAUUGAUGUCAACCCCACAUAUACCAAAGAUGGAUCUGAUGACUUAGAUUCUGAUAGCAAACUUUUGAAGCCCAAGCCAUCUAAGUUGGCAAAAAGAAUUGCGAACUCUGCUGGUUAUGUAGGUGACCGAUUCAAAUGUGUCACAACCGAACUGUAUGCAGAUUCCAGUCAACUUAGCAGAGAGCAGCGGGCACUGCAGAUGGAAGGAUUACAAGAGGACAGUAUUUUAUGUCUACCUGCUGCUUACUGUGAGCGUGCAAUGAUGCGCUUCUCAGAGUUGGAGAUGAAAGAAAGAGAAGGUGGCCAUGCAACAACCAAAGACUCAGAGGUCUGCAAAUUCAGCCAGGCAGACUGGGAAAGCUCUAAAGGAAAUAAUGAAAAGAAGCCAAAGUCUGUCGCAUUGGAAGAUGCCAUUGCUGACCAGAAUGAUAGUGACAGAUGUGACUUUAAUAAUACAGGAAAUAAACUUGAUCGCUUUGAAACCCUAGAGGAAAAAGAUCUUCACCUUGAGAAAUGUUUCUUGGAGAGGCAGCCUCUAAGUGAAAGGACUGCAGACCUGCCGACCUCAGAUAUGCCCCAUAGCCCUGGCCCCCGGCUGGACAGAAAACGAAAACUCUCAGGGGAGAGUCUGCAGCCUGAUGGCAGCCAACCAGAGGCCGUGGCAGAGGAGCUGCAGGAGGAUUCCCUACUGAAAGCCAAGAGGAGACGGGUCUCCAAAGAUGACUGGCCUGAGAGGGAAAUGACAAACAAUUCCUCUAACCACUUAGAAGAGCCACAUUGUAAUGAGGUGACCAACCUGAAGGUGUGCAUUGAAUUAACAGGGCUCCAUCCCAAAAAACAGCGUCACCUGCAGCAUCUUAGGGAACUGUGGGAGCAGCAGGUGUCACCACCAGAGAGAUCCCCGCCCAGCAAGUUGGGCCGGCCAAGCAGGAAAGAUUUAGCUGAGGCUGUGCAGCCAGAGGUCACUGCAAAGGUUAAAGACUGCACCGAAGAAAAGCACCCCAGGAAAAGGUCAGAGGUCAAAAGCAAUAGAAGCUGGUCUGAAGAGUCCCUCAGAACAAGUGACAAUGUACAAGGCUUGCCUGUAUUCCCGGUGUCUCCGCACAUGAAGAGCCUUUCAUCCACCAAUGCGAACGGCAAAAGGCAGACUCAGCCAAGCUGUACGCCAGCCUCGAGGCUGGCUGCCAAACAGCAGAAAAUUAAAGAAAGCCGGAAGACAGAUGUGCUGUGCACAGACGAAGAGGAGGAUUUCCAGCCUGCAUCCCUGCUGCAGAAAUACACCGACUGUGAGAAGCCAUCAGGGAAGCGCCAGUGUAAAACCAAACACUUGACUCCACAGGAGAGGAGGAGGAGGUCAUCUCUGACAGGGGAUGAUACCACAGAUAUAGAAAACAACGAAGACAAGGUCAUGGUAACAAGAAGGUUCAGGAAGCGACCAGAGCCAGCUUCAGAUUGUGACUCUUUGGCAUCCAAGUUGCAAGAGCAGAAGCCGUAUGAUCGCCUGCCACAAACUCCCUUGUUACUUUCCUCUCACUCUGCACAGCUUCCAAGCCCCCCUCAAGAGACCACCCCGACUCGCCCCAUGCCACCCGAAGCCCGGAGGUUGAUUGUCAAUAAGAAUGCUGGUGAAACUCUGCUGCAAAGGGCAGCUCGACUAGGAUAUGAGGCAAUGGUCCUCUACUGUUUGGAAAACAAGGUUUGCGAUGUGAACCACCGGGAUAAUGCAGGUUACUGUGCUCUACACGAGGCCUGUGCCAGGGGGUGGCUGAGCAUCGUUCGGCAUCUCCUCGAAUAUGGAGCAGAUGUCAACUGCAGCGCUCAGGAUGGAACCAGGCCUAUCCAUGAUGCAGUAGAAAAUGAUCAUUUGGAAAUAGUUCGCCUCCUUCUUUCUUACGGUGCUGAUCCAACCCUUGCCACGUACUCAGGUAGAACCAUCGUGAAAAUGACACACAGUGAACUAAUGGAGCUUUUUCUAACAGAGUAUUUAACUGACCUGCAAGGUCGAAGUGGGGAUGACCCUGGUGUCUGUUGGGAUUUCUAUGGCAGCUCUGUGUGUGAUCCAAGUGAUGAAUCCGGGUUUGAUGUGCUGGCCAAUCCCCCUGGUCCAGAAGAUGAUGAUGACGAAGAUGUCUUCAGUGAUGUGUUUGAGUUUGAAUUUUCAGAGGGACCUCUCUUGCCAUGUUAUAAUAUCCAAGUAUCUCUCUCUCAGGGGCCUCGAAACUGGUUACUGCUCUCAGAUGUGGUCAAGAAGUUGAAAAUGUCGUCCCGAAUAUUCCGCUGCAAUUUUCCAAAUGUGGAAAUUGUCACCAUUGCAGAGGCAGAGUUCUACAAACAGACAUCUCUGAGUCAGUUGUUUUCAUGCCCCAAGGACCUUGAAGUCUUCAAUCCUGAAAGCAAGGAAUUGUUGGACUUAGUAGAAUUUACAGCUGAACUUCAAAAUCUUCUUGGAUCCUCAAUAGAAUGGCUACAUCCAGAUGAAGACCUUCUUCCUGAGGUCCAUUGGUGAAACCAACAGGCCACUUAAUGUACAGUACAUAUAUUGUUAAUCCUUUUGCUUUAUGUAUAUGUGUUAUAUUACAAUUGUUUCUGUAAAGAAAGGACACUAUUACAUAUGAAAAUAUCUUUUCCUUUAUAUAAGAAAUGAAUUCCAGUUGGAAGGACUUUGAAAGAAUUUUUUUUAAGUAACUUUAAUCAGUUUUUAUGAAAAUUGUUAUAUAAUGUUUCUUUACUUUUAAAUGCACACAUGCUUUGGAAUAAGUUUUGUUUUUACUUGGAACACUUUUUUUUUUUUUUUAAAGGAAAAAUAUUCACACAUUGACUUUGUUUCAUACAAAGCACUGAUGAUACAGACCAUAAUUUUUAUAAGUGACAUGAUCGAAGUCAUGUGGCCUGUUUGGGAGAAUGAAUUUGAUAAAAAAAAAAAAAAAGGCACUUCAUGAUAUUAUUUUUUAUGUUUUGUUUACAGAAUUGCCUGCUUUGGCCAGGUAGAUACUAUUGGAUAUAAUCCAGUAGUUUGUAAUAUAAAUUAAAACCAUAUCCAUACACAGCAACUAAUUGUAUGAACUUUUAUAUCCUAAUUUAAAAGCUGUGAAAUUAGUUUUCACGCAUCAAACCGGAUUGUUUAUAUAUGUUUAAACAUUUUAUGCUCUUAUUUAAAGAAGACUUUGAGCUAUUUUUUCUGUACCUUGUAAAAUAUUGGAAAAAACUAACAUAAUAUGUUGAGGUUGCUUGGAGAUGUACAUAAACUAAAAUUUUCUGAAUUGUGUGUUUAUGUUUGAAAUCUGUGUUUUAACUUUGUAAGUAAAUUCUUCUGCCUUUGUAUUUAUAUUUUACAAAAUUUUUCUUAAAAGGCAAUAAAACUGUUGAGAAAAUGAGAACAUUGAA